CUUUUCAUGACGGAAGUAAUACGUCAGAUCACUUGAACGCGUCUUGGAAGGGUUAUUCUUUUCCGCUUUUAGAUUAGUCUUAAAACUAUGACAAAAGGUUUGAAUUUUUAUUAGUUUCUUUUGCCCGGUGGUCUGUGGUGUUAUAGUGUGGCAGCAGCAUGCUGUCACUGUCGCUUAUUGCUAACUUAAUGGACAAGUAAACAUUUAACGCCUGCUAGCUAGCAACGUCUGUGGCGUUUUGUUGCCGUCAUAAUUCAGUUUUCUUCGGUAACGUGUCUCGCUGAUAUCGAUAUUGGAUUUCCUCGUCACACACAUUAACAGGCUGCGGUGAAACGUGUUUCCGACGUGGACGUAUGUUCGUGUGAGAUGUAGCUUUCGGGGACCACAGCUGCUGCUAUUAUGACGGUGGUAAGACUGGUAAGUCGUGUUGAACCACUCCUCAAACAGGGAGUGACAUAUUUAUUCCUGUCGUCCGAAGUAAAAGUUACCCUGCCUCGCUCGCGGCCUGUGUAGUUGAACUGUCGUUUACUGUUCAGCAGCUGCCCAGUUGAUCGACCGACGGUGAGGCACCAGGUCCAGUAUGAAGGCGUUAGGUUCCAGAUUCUCCUUCUACGCGGGUUUCGCGGUGGGAACCUUCACCCUGUACGUGUUUCUGCGACAAAUGUGGUUUGAGAGGUCCAUGCAGGCCAACAGCUUCGACAGACAUCAUGACUCAAUGCUGGAGGAGGAUGAUAAGAACUGGAAGAAGGAGAGAUCGGCUCUCUUCAAUCUGCAACACCCGCAUCACACAGGCGAGGACAGCCAUGUUGGGGAUGAGCUUUACAAAAAGGUGCGGGUCCUCUGCUGGGUGAUGACCGGACCGGCCAACUUGGAGAAGAAGGCUCGGCAUGUGAAGGCCACUUGGAGUCGGCACUGUAACGUUGUCGUGUUUAUGAGCUCAGUCGACGACCCGGACUUCCCCACUGUGGGUUUAGGAACCAAAGAGGGCCGCGACCAGCUCUACUGGAAAACCAUCCGCGCCUUCCAUUAUGCCUACGAGCACUACGGACAUGAAGCAGAUUGGUUUCUCAAGGCCGACGAUGACACUUAUGUCAUUGUGGACAACCUGCGUCUGCUCCUGGCAAACCACACGCCAGAGGAGCCCAUUUAUUUUGGCCGCAGAUUCAAACCUUAUGCCAAACAAGGCUACAUGAGUGGCGGCGCCGGCUACGUGCUGAGCAGAGAAGCUCUGCGCAGAUUUGUCGAUGGCUUCAAGAACAAGGUGUGCACCCACACUUCGUCUGUGGAGGAUCUUGCCAUGGGCCAGUGCUUGGAAAAGGUUGGGGUUCUUGCUGGAGACUCCAGAGACACUCUGCACAGGGAGACCUUUCACCCAUUUGUUCCAGAGCAGCACCUCACCAGCAGGUUUCCUAAGAGCUUCUGGUAUUGGAGCUACUGCUACUACCCCAUCUCAGAGGGACCCAACUGCUGCUCAGACUUGUCCAUCUCCUUCCAUUAUGUGGGUGCUGCCCAGAUGUACCUACUUGAGUACUACACAUAUCACCUGCGUGCCUUCGGCUAUAACUACCGAUACCAGCCGCCACUGCCGCCUGGCUACAACUUUGAACGCGCGAACUCCGGCGAUGCACCUGAUGGGAAAAAAGACUCGCAAGAAAAAGGAGCGUCUGAGGUACAAGUGGUCGUCGGGACUGAGGCAAAGGUGGAGGAUGGUCCUGCUCCGGCAGUGGGUCGGGAGGCUGCCGCCGCUGCCGUGGCCGCUGCUGGAUGAUGACUCUGCUGAUCAUUAGUAAGAAGGAUUGUGGUUUUAGUUUGUUAGUUUCUGAAAUCUCUUUUUUUUUACCUUGGUAAGCAGGCAGUUUAAAUCUGAGGGACUUUGGGGCAACUUGGACCAUGAUUAUGUUUUAGAUAUUGUUUUAAUCGACCAAACGUUUCCAUCUUUUAUCCUCAGUGCCGUUAUUUGAUCAUUUUUCCAAAAGUGACUGCACCAAAACACGGUUGGCUGAAAUUCACGCCUUAACUUCUGUCACCAAAGAAUAGGAGUGUUAUGUGCUGCAGCAUGUCCCAAACCUUGAAGGGAGGAUGCUGCCCAACUCUUCUCUUCCUGUUUCUCUUUACUCUAAAGAGCGCACUAACAACAUGAAGGCUGACUCCUGCUUUUUUCUGUCUGGGAGUUCAUGGAAAUUGACGCAAGAAUUUGUAAUUUAAGCACCUUAGCAGCUAAACGGGAUUCAGCCAGAGCGAACACGAUUCUGUUCAUUAAAUGCUCAUUUGAGAUUCAAAUUAUCGUCUGAAUUUAACAUUUUUUUAACUUGAAAACUAUAUUUAGGUGGAAGUCUGAUUCAUGUGAGGCAGAAGAAAUGACUUCUCCAGGUUUUGGAAUGUUAGACCAACCGCUGCGUUGCGAAAUGAACAGAUACAAACUUUUUUUCUCAUUUUUAUAUUAUUUUUAAAUCGAAAUGUAUUUUUAAAAAAAUCCAUAUACUUACAUGUUUCUUCAUUUUGUAUUGAUGAAAAUCAAUUGUUGUUUGACAAAUUAAGGCCAUGUGAAGAGGACGAAUGAUUUAGCUUUAUAUUUGAUUAAUAAAAGUUAGGCGACUUUCAAAUAUACCAACCUGUACUGUACAUGUUGUGCUGACUGAAGAACCACUCAGAAGUUGGUGAAUGGAAAUCCAAACUUCACCUGGCCUUGAUCUUGUACUCGCCCUCUCUUGUGGUCAGCAGACCAAUCAAACCACUGCUUGUCCUGAGGCUGCUGCCAGGUGGUAUUUCAGCCAGAGGCACAUUUAUCAUGUAUGUUUUGCCAGUUAUAGUACUAAUACUUUGCUCGAAUGACUGUUUGUUUUUGUCUCCGGCCUGUGACAAUCGGCUCCACUCUUGUUUCACUAAAGGGAAAGGUGUACAGAUUCUAUUUAUAUUUGUAUUUAUGUUGCCGUUGACUUUUUUUUUUUCUGAGUGAAUGACUUUGCAGUGAUCUGUGUACAGGAGUGGUAUUUU